AUGUCAUCGAGUGAGGCAGCAAUCAUCGUCGCCCGCUUCCUGAAAGCCAACAGCUACGAUGAGACUUUGGACGCUUUUAUCAGGGAGGCUGGCCUUCCAUCAAGCGCCGGGUCGACAAACAAGGGCGACCUGACCAUCGAGAAAAUUCUCGAAGAGAAACGAACCUUUGAUGUGAGCCUGCAGUUCGAAAGACUCGGCACAGAUGAAGGUGCUCACGGCUGGGGCCACCACGCACCCGCCUUGCCGAACGAGAUAUCGGGCCCAACACGUUCCAACAUCCUUCAUGUGUCGUUACCUCUGGUAGCGAACACGACUGCUGCCGAUGCAUCCGAACCGCUGUUGGUAGCUACGACAGCUGACCGCCGGCUCAAUGUUCAUGAGUUGCCUGCAUGCACGCUCAAGAAUUCGCUAUUGGCAAUGCACGACUCACCAGUGCUCUCGACUGCUGUGCUGAAACAGACGCACCUGCUGACAGCUUCCAUGUCUGGACAGUUGGCGAUAAGUGACCUGCAGGGUGAGGUCCUUGACAAGCGCCGCGAUCAUACCAAAUAUGUUGUGCAGAUCGCGACCCACGAGUCUGAGAACGCAACCUGGCUCGCAACAGCUGGCUGGGACGGUAAGGUACAUCUUUAUCAGCUGGACAUCGCUGGCAAUAAUUCUCCUACACUGCCGCCUCCAACUGCAUCCAUCUCGCUUCCGACCAAUCCUGAGGCACUUCUCUUCAUCAAGCAUCCCGACAAUGAUUCCAUUGUUCUGAUUGUCACGCGCAGAGACUCGACCCAUCUCUUCUACUACAGUGUUGACAGCGAAGCAUGUCUACUUGGCAAGCAGAAUCUAGCGCCCCACAGCAAUGCCUGGAUCGCAUUCACACCCUCUGCGAUUGCCACCUGCCCAAGAGACAGCACUCUUGUCGCAGUUGCAACGAGUGCCACUCCCCACAUGAAACUACUAAUCGUACGCUUGAUGGUCCCUUCGAUGGAGGGAGAUGCCUCACUGGCAUCUAUCGUCCCUGCCGAAGAGACUCAGGCUUCACAGGCACGCGCUGCACUUGCUCUACAAGACCGCGAAUCAGCCGCCAUCUUGAUUCACUGCACAACCAUGGCACCCCAGACCGCCUACAGUACUCCCGCACUCACAUGGCGGCCGGACGGCACAGGCGUCUGGGUCAACAGCGACGAUGGGGCAAUCCGUGGCAUCGAAGCCAAGACUGGCAAAAUCAUCGCCACGCUCAAGGGCCACGAACCCGGUAGCAAAAUCAGAUGUCUCAGUGCUGGUUGGGUGUCAUCGGGUGACGAAAGGCAAGAAUGGUUGGUCAGUGGUGGAUUCGACCACCGGUUGAUCGUCUGGAAGCCUGAAUCUGCAAAGUAG